UAUUACAUAUAAUGAAAAUCUUGCCAUCUACAAUAUUUUUCCUAAUAUUUCUCAUUUCACCGAUUUUUCUUGGUGCCACUGAUAAUGUAAUGAAUGCAAUGCAAAACCUUUACUGCAAUCUUGGAUUAAAACUUGAUAAUUCAUGUCCCAUUGAUGGUGGCUGGACAUUUUGGAGUCCAUGGGGUUCUUGUUCUGGGAAAUGUGGAUUUAAAGGAAAAAGAAUGAGACGACGUACUUGUGAUAAUCCUGUGCCUUCAAAUAAUGGAGCCCCUUGUAUUGGUCCUAGUUAUCAAAUUGAAAAUUGUCAAAUUACUGGAUGCAUGAUGAAUGAUUACGAAACAGUUGUAAAUGCUCAUCCUAUACGUAAAGGAGAAUUGAAAAUUGUAAAGAAAUUUCAUAAAAAAUUACCAGCUUUAAUAGAAUUGUGUUUUCUUGUCGAUUGUACAUUUUCUGUUGUAGAAAAGAUUCUUGGAAAAAAUGUGAUGCUUUACUGGAAUGCUAUGAAUUGUGUUAAAUAUGAUAUUGGAUGUCCAAACUCUGGUGGUUGGAGUGUUUGGGGAGUUUGGUCGGUAUGUACUGCAACUUGUGGCAAAGGACAAAAAUAUCGUACAAGAAUUUGUAAUAGUCCAACUCCUUCAAAUUUUAAAUUAAUGUGUAGUGGUUUGGCAUUUGAAAUGAAAAGCUGUGUGGGGAUUAACUGCAGGAAACUCUCAGGUAUAAAUUCCCAAGGGAGUACUUGGAGUAAUUGGAAUGAGUGGAGCACAUGUAGUGUAAAAUGUGGUAGUGGAGUUCAAACCAGAAAACGCUUAUGUUCAGAAACGCAAAAUUUGCAAGGAACUUCAUGUAAAGGUCCAUCCAAAGAUAUAAAAGGCUGUAUAAUUAAUAAUUGUUCUAUAAAUGGAAUGUGGUCAACAUGGAUGGUUUGGUCACCUUGUACUUCAAGUUGUGGGAUUGGUACACAAUUGAGAAAUCGAAUGUGUACCAAUCCUUCUCCGAGUGGUAAUGGUACAUCUUGUGUUGGUUCAGCUUCUGAAGUUCGCCAGUGUUUUACUAAACCAUGUAUAAAUAAAUUACAUGAAGUAGUACACUUCACAGAAAGGAGUAGUCUUCAGUAUGACAAAACUGGAAGACCUUCACGGUUGCUUCAUAUGUAUCUAAGGUUUUUACCACUGUCUCCUUUUGGUAUGAUUAUUUAUCGUUUUGAAAAGGAUUGUAAAGGAUCGAUGUGUGACUUCGUAAAAUUGUUUCUGCAAAAUGGGAAGAUAGUACUUUUAUCUCAAAUUGCUGACUGUACAUUAGCUUUAAUUCAUGAGACCAAAUUGGAAAUUGGACAAUGGCAUGUAAUAUUAAUUGCAAUAUAUGGGACACAUGGAGUAUUACGUAUUGAUGAUGGUUUUCAUAAAGUUACUUCUUUUUCAUGCAUUCCAAUUUCAUAUGACUUGGAUCAUGCAAUGGAAGUCGGAGGAUUUCAAGGACAAAUUCAAGAACUAACAAUUAAUUUUGCACUUGUUCAACUCCAUACAUCAAAAGAUAAUCACAGUACAAAAUAUGUAAAUCUUUUAUCCAGUAGUAACAAUGUUCGAUAUUUGAUGGGAGAUGACAAUGAAGGUUUUAUUAACAUUGGUUUAACAGAUUCAGUUGCAGUAUCAUGUCCAGAAAGUAUAGAAUAUUGGCAAAUUAUAAUUGCUAUAAAAAUAGAGAGCCUGAAUGGACUUAUAGCAACAAUACCAGGUGAUUUCUUCAAUAAAUAUAUCUUAUUAUUGUUAGAAGAGGGAAAAGUAAAGCUGAAAUUUUAUCAAGGAGAAACUUCUACUGCAAUUGAAAGUAUGGAACAUAUUUUAAUAGGAGAAUGGUUUGAAAUAGUAAUAGCUCAUGAUGGUAAAAACAUAUAUAUGCAAAUUAAUGGAAAUGAAAAGAGAUAUGUACCUUUAACUUUGUCAAAGACAAUAAUUACAUCAAGAACUGACAUAUUCUUAGGAGCUAUACGCGAUGAUAUGAGAGGGAAGAUAUGUUCUAACUGUGUAGACAUACCACAAAUAAGUUUUACUCUUGGAUAUCUCAACAUAAAUGGAAAAGAAAUAGAUCUUAUAUCAUUACCAGUUCUAGAAAUAAGUAGCAACCGAUUUUCUAGCCGUACUAUUAGUAUAUCUGAUUAUUAUGAAGAAAUACCAUUACUCUUAGGUCAAGAACUUAAAUUAUCAUGUGUCUAUAAUACAAUUCCUCUUGAAAAAGAACACACAUUUUCUAAACAGACAUAUGUUCUAUGGUUGAUAAUGGAUAAAUUAUUAAAAUCUUAUGGAAACAACAAUGAUUUUUUCAAUCUGAAAGAUGAUGGACGAGUUAGUACCGUUAGUAUUGCAAGCUAUAUAACUCGUGAUACAAUAGAAAACUUUUAUUCGUGUCAUAUUUAUCAUCCUAGAAAUAAAACAAAUAAAGAUUUAGGUCCAACUCUCUUUACAUUUGGUAUUACUGUGAUGAACAAAAGUGAAGAAUUUGAAAGUACAAUUUGGAAACAAUGGAGUCUUAUCUGUAAAGUUGUGAUCAUGUGUUUCAUAUUCUUGAUAAUUUGGUGUUUAUUAGAAAUAUUUCAGGAUGCUCGAAAUGGGCAUGGUUUUUAUAGACUUCCACAAAUGCUUAACAUCAAUCCCACAUCCACUAUAAAUUUCAUCUUAUCUAAGAAUGGUGUAACAUUACUUGGUAGUCAGCAAGCUGCAAAUGAAGUUGUAUCAAGAAUUUUAGAAGAUAACUGAGCUUUUUAAUUAGAUAAAGGACAAGAAAUAAUAUUAAUAAUAUAAUUAACAUAUUAGUACACUAAUAACUUAUUUUGUAAUACAGAAUUUAUAAAAAACAGAAGUAUUAAUUAGUGAAUUAAUAAAAUUCCCAUAUUCUUUUAAUGUUAUUACAAAAUACAUUUAUAUAAAUUUCUAAUUGUAACAGUAGACAUAACUACUUUCAAGAAUAUUGAAGGUAAUAUCAAUAUUCUCUAAGUCACAGUAGUAUGAAAUAAUACGACUUUUGUAGGAAAAUAUUUAGAAGCUACAAAUUAAUAUAAAAAAUAUAUUUAUACAAGUAUUGUCUUACAGUGAUGGCAGCUUAUAUUUACAGUUUAAAGACAAUACAGCAAAAAAUGUUGCAAGUGUCAAUUAUUUAAUAUAAGACAAAACAGCCAAUAUAUGAAUCUUUACCAAAAAAUCAUAAAUUUAUUUCACGCUUUGUAUUGUUUACGUGAAUUGAUGUUCGUUCAGGUAAUUCCGAAUAAAUGCUGUUUUAUAAUAAAACAAGGCAAGCAAGUACCCCUGUUAACAUAACAUUAAAAUUUACAAUAAUAUUAAAAAAUAUAAGAUAAUAUAUAAAUACAUUACACAGGACGUAUAGCUACAUCUUUUUUUAUAUUUCAACUAAUUAUGAGAAUAUAAUUAUUCAAUUUGUUUCUCAGGAUUCACUAUUACCAUUACUAAUCACAGAGGAAUGUUGUGUUAAUUGAGACAAUUCAAUAUG